AUGGACAUUUGGACCGAAUUUGAUGCUGAUGCCCUCGAUCCCGUAAUGAUGAGGUGCUAUAAUUCGUUUGCUUACGGGCUGUUUUUUUCACAUGCUAGAUAUGACCACUUCCCAUAUGAUGAAUUGCGUCCUAUUACCUCCUUAGAGGACGCGUUAGCUAAUCCAGAUUCGCUACCUGAGUUCGUUCGAAAUUUACCUCUGGGCCGCAGUUCAGACUAG